CUUUUGUUCUUGCAAGCAUAUGCCGCGGGAUGGCGCACUGAAGCCUUAUGUUUUAGGAUUUCCUUAAACAUCAUAUGCUCAUUUCUGCAUGUUUUCUCUACUCGAUCAUUUCUUACAUUAUCCACUCAACAGCCACAUGGAAAAUGAUCUGAAAAGACAUGAUAGCGGAGCCAAGGUUAAUUAACAAGCCAUCAGUUCAAAACGAGAACGAAAUUGUGGAUAUUAAUUCUCCUGGGUCUGUCAAUCGUGCCAGUGGCGGAGGGAGAAAUGAAAACAGACAGAAGACCGUGAGUGGGAAGAGGAAAGCACGAGAGGGGGUGGAGAAUGCCAAGCGCAAGCACCCCAGAACCAGCAAUGGAGGCUUGGGCCGAGCGGAGAACGGGUGCCCCAAGAAGAGGGACACUGAAUCGGUCACUCUGUUUGAGGUGGUCACCAUGGGACGGGCUGCCAUCCAGGCCGUAGUGGAUGACUGGAUUGAGGCCUAUGUGAUGGACAGAGACACCGCCCUCCUGGAUCUCAUCAGCUUCUUCAUCCAGUGCUCAGGCUGCAAGGGGUUGGUCACAGCAGAGAUGUUUCAGAGCAAAGACAUUGAUGUCAUGAGUAAAAUGGUGGAGGAUCUUGAUGAAGGCUCUGGGUUGCAGUACAAGAGGUUCAUGGCCUUCCCGUGGAUCCUCACUGUCACCUGGCCCAUGGACGUUGACUCUGGAGAGUACCCUCUCAUCAUCACCACACAAUACUGGAAGCGCUUCCGCUCGCAGUUCUGUGAGUUUGUGUCGGUGCUGAUGGCGCGGUGUCAGAACUGUAUCCUCUUCGACGGCUACCUGAUGAGCACCCUCAUCUCUCUGCUGACCGAGCUCUCCGACUCGCGGCUGCGCGCCUUCAGGCACACCUGCACGCUGGCAGCGGUGAACCUGCUCAGUGCUCUGGUGAGUCUGAGUGUGAACGUGGACAACAGCCAGAAGCUGCUGGAGGUGGAGAGGCGGAAGUACCCCGGCAGACACGCAUCGCCUCGCCUGGAGAGGAUCCAGCGGAAGGUGCUGGAGCUGCAGGAGAGGAAGCUGGAGCUGGAGAACAUGAUGGAUGCCAUCUUCAAGGGCGUCUUCCUGAAGCGCUACAGGGAUGUGGUGGCGGAGAUCAGAGCCAUCUGUAUGGAGGAGCUGACGGUGUGGAUGCGCCUGUACAGCACCGUGUUCCUGAAUGACAGCUACCUGAAAUACGUCGGGUGGAUGCUGCACGACAAGCAACCAGACGUGCGGCUUAAGUGUGUAGUGGGUCUACAGGGACUGUACCUGGAGGAAAACCUCAGCCUUAAAAUGGACCUCUUCACCAUUCGCUUCAAGGAGAGAAUGCUCUCCAUGGUGCUGGACAAGGACCACGAGGUGGCCGUGCAGGCUAUGAAGCUACUGAUGUCUGUCUCUAAGUACUGUGACGAGGUGUUCUCUCAGGAUGACUUCAAGCACAUGUUCCAGUUUGUCUACUCCUCCAACCGGCCUCUGGCGGCAGCCGCGGGAGAAAUCCUCUACACCAGGCUGCUUGGCGAGCCCGAUGUAGCGUGCAGGAAAGGGGCUACCGAGGCGGAGAGGCACAGGGACCUGAUGAGGGCCAGAGUCCGAGCCCUGAUGCACUUCUCAGAGGAGAGCGAGCUCCAUGAACACGUGGUGUACCUUGUGGACAGCCUGUGGGAGUGUGGGGGAGCCCUGCUGAGGGACUGGGCCUCCCUCACCUCAGUGCUCCUGCAGCCCUCCGCAACCUCCUCCUCCUCCUCCUCACCGUCAGCCCAGGAGCAAGUUGUGAACACCGCUGAGCUGCGCUUUGUGCUGGAGAUCCUGUUGGCAUCCGUCAGACAGGCUGCAGAGGGACCUCCGCAGGCUGGCAGAGCCACGGGCAAAAAGGUGGUCGGUUCUAAAGACAAGAGAACCCAGCAGGAUGUGUGUGUUGGCUUCACGUCUCACCUGCUGGUGGUGCUGCCUCAGCUGCUGUGUAAAUACUCAGAGGAUGUGGAGCUGAUGACGUCGCUGCUCAAAAUACCUCAGUACUUUCAGAUGGACACCUGCAGUGAGGAACACGCUGAGGCGCUGCUGGCGCUGCUGGCUCAGAUGGAGGCUGCUGUGAAUGGGCACACAGACCAGGCCCUGCUGGAGGCCGCUGCCCGUUCAUACCUGGCACUCGGCUCCGACGAGUCCGCCUGGCACGGCCAGGUCACCCCCGCCAUGGACCAACUCAUCCAGCAGUGGACCAGUCACCUAGGAAUACUUUUAGAGGAGGUUCUAAAGGAGGGCACCUUCACUGAAGAUGAAGAAAAAGCUGAAGAAAUUCUGUCCACACUGAAAAAACUUACUGCUUUCCACAAUGGUCAAGACAUGUCCAAGUGGGGACUGUAUGACCAGGUGUCUAAACUGCUCAUAGCAGAGACGACGCAUGGAGGACUGUCUGCUGAGGUGGUGGUGGAGGCCCUGCGUUGUGUGUGUCUCUCUAUCCUCUGGAGGCUCCACAGCUUCGGCGAGGUGGCCGCCUCAAGGGAGGCAGUCAUCUGCCAGAGGACCCAGCUCCGAGCCUACUGUGAGAAAUGCCAUCGCUGUCUCACCCACAUGGAGCAGCAGGUCCGGGAACAGGCGUUUGUCUCCCUGUGUGACGUGCUGGUGGCCCACAACUACCAGCUGCAGGUGUGGGAGCCCUCGGCGGGGACCCCUCUGCUCCUCUACGCCCCGGACCCCAAACUGCUCAAGGCUCUGGUCACCUUCAUCCUGGACCACGUCUUCACCGGUGCUGAGACAGAUGGACACAGCACCAGGGUCAGUGGUCUGGAUGCUGAGUGUGGGGGGACUAGGCUUGAGGACCUGCACAGACGCAGGAACCUGCUGGCCGCCUACUGUAAGCUGAUCGUCACCAGCGUCCUGGAGAUGGGCAUGGCUGCGGAGAUCUUCAAGCAGUACAUGAAGUACUACUAUGACUUUGGGGACAUCAUCAAAGAGACGCUGAACCGGACACGGCAGAUGGACAAGAUCGAGAGCGCACGCACGCUGGUGCUGUGUCUGCAGCAGCUGUAUCUGCGUCUGAAGCAGGAGCAGGAGGGCAGGGGUGGCGGGCGGCGCUCGGACGUGCAGACCUACAGCAGCAUUAAGGAGCUGGCCCGCCGCUUCUCCCUCACCUUCGGCUGGGACCAGAUCAAGUCCCGCGAGUCUCUGGCCAUGAUCCACAGGGACGGCAUCGAUUUUGUCUUCCAGGGAUUUGUUCAGCAGGCAGAGAAGCACGCCCCUCCCAACAUCACAUACCUCACCAUCCUCAGCGAGUUCUCCAGCAAGCUCCUCAAGCCGGACAAGAAGACAGUGUACAGCUACCUGCAAAAGUACGCUGGCGAGCACACGGUCAACAACAGGGAGGAGUGCUGGAAGCCUCUCAUCUACUACCGCGCGUCUCUGCAGGCCACGGCCGAGGGCGACGACGUCGUCUCCUACAUCAGCUCCGACAGCAACCGGCCCUCGCUCUCCAGCCACUCACGCUGCCCCUCCGUCAGACAGCCAGGCUCAGAGGGUGAGCUGAAGACCUCAACCCCACUCCCCUGCAUUGAGACCAAAGGCAGCAGGCUGAUUCCGAGGCCCCUCAGCAGCCCAAUCGAGAGGAAGGAGGCGGAACAGCGCCCUGUAAUCAGUGAAGAGCCAGUUGACAGCUUUUCACAAGCUUCUGAGGAACCAACAGUGUCCAGAUACAACAACGAAGAGGUGGAUGUGGACAUAGGGUAGAAUGACCUUUGACCCUGAUCCGUUCACUGGGUUUAGUGCAACUGCACAUCAUAGGUCCGGUGGCGCUUUGGUGCUAGUUUUAGGGUUAGGAUAUCUAAAAACUCUAUUAUGAAUUCUAUUCUGAAUACAUCAGGACCUCUAUACCAUCCUGUCACAAAGACAGCAGUUGGUUUCUCUAAGCUGAUUACUGUCUUCAGUGAUUCGUGUCAAAGAGUUCCUCCACAGAGGGACGCCUACAUAUUCUAUCUAAAAUGGUUCUUUGUAGAACUCUGAGCUAUUGACUUUAAUGAAUAGAUUACAAUAGAACAUAAUUAAACUCUUUGCCAGGAAACGGUUCCCAGUAGAACUUAAAAAUGUUCAGUGGUAAUUUUUGAACCCCUUGCAGCCAAGGUUGGGGUUGUAAGGAGAAACUACAUUUUCUUCUGUGAGGACUUUUUCUAAGUCUAGUGUGCCACACCUUUGUCUUUUUUUAUUUUCAGAAUAUAGCAUGUCAAAUUUUUAUUUUGUAUCUCUUUCUAUAUAUAUCUUUGACAUGGCAUUUGCUGUAAAACAAAAUGGUUCAACUUCAGACCACGUCAUAGGUCUACAUGGGUUUACAUCAUCUCCAUAUGUAUCUGCUGUAAGACUGUAGGCUGAAGAUUUAUAUUGACCCUAAAUUCAUUUGUUGCCCUGGCACGCAGAAAAAGCUGGCUUUAUUUCAUACUAUUUUAAGCUUUAAGUAGUCGCUGUUGAUUUUUUCAACCCCGCCACGAUUAGGCAAUUGUGCAAUGUAAUGUAAAUAAUUUUCAUAUCUUCUGCAUAACGCACUUAACUUUGUUAAUAUUUUAAGUCCUGCUGUGUACAUGUCAGGGUAAUUCACGUGAUGCACAAACACACCACAUCUUCUUCGGGUAAAAGAAGAACUGAAUGCACUCUUUAGGAGAGAAGGACAAUUGUUUUUUUAUGUAGCAGACAAGCCCCCUCGGUUCCAUUCGGGGGCUCGGCCUCUGGUUUGGUCAGGUAAAUGUCCAAGUAGGAGUAGUUUGGAGUAGGAGAGAUGUUUUCGCCUCGUGCUCACCACUGUUCCUGUGGAUUUGGCAGCUCUUUUCGUACAUCUGUGACCAAUGGGUUCAUGUCAUCUCUGUUCAACUUGACUUGUUUUUUUAAAAAGCUGUCCACUCUGUUUGUCUGUAAGAAAAUAACUUACAAAGAAUCUUUCCAAUGCUCCAGUCCUGAGUGCUGGACUCAAAUAAAAGCUAUGAAGCUA